AUGGUUAAGUUGCGUAGUCAACGUCCGAGCAAUAUGGAUACUGAGGAACAACAGUUAGUUAGUGCAGGAAAUGUGGAACCGGGUACCUCAAGUAGUACUAGUACUCUCUUUGAGGAUAUAACAUGUGAGAAUGUGGGGGCAGGGGCACAGGAAGUGGUGCCACCGCCCACUAGUCCUCAAGGGGAUGUAGAGAAAGAAGUUGUACCACCACCAGAAAAGCAGGAACCAGAGAGUGGUAAUCUGCCUGGUGGGUAUUCGCUUCAGGCUAUAUUAGAGCGCGUGCUGAAUUACCAGGCAGAAUUUGCGCAACAGCAAGUCGAGCGAGACCGCCAGCAAGCUGAGCGAGAUCGUAGGCUAGCAGAAAAUUUACUUGCCCAGCAAGCUGAGCGAGAUCGCCAGUUAACAGAAAGUUUCCUUGCCCAGCAAGCUGAGCGAGAUCGCCGGCAAGCUGAGCGGGACCAGCAACUUGUGCAAUCGUUAGAAAACAUGAAAAAAGAGAUUGCAGAUAUGAAACAGAAUUAUGAGUCGAUACCUAAGGCCGUGCAGGAGCUGACUGAACAGGUCAACAACCUGCAAGUAGCAAACACCAACAGGGUAGACGAAAUAGGUGUAUUAGCCAAUCGAGUAGAAAAGCGAGAAAUAGAUUCCACGCAGCUUGUAGAGCAGAAGUGGAACGAACAAGCAACUAAAAUUGAAACAGAAUUCAACUCAUGGCUAGAAGUGAAGGAGUGUGAGAUUGACAAGAACAUUAAUUCCAAAGUACAAGCAGCCAUAGCAAAUAGAGGCUCCGAAUCGUUCAGUACCGCAGUGAAUAGUCAGGUACAGAACGACGUGCAAACCAUCAAACAAAUACUCAGUGAGGAUAUUCCGCAGUGGCAAGUGAAUAUGAACAAACGGAUAUCCGACCUGGAGAAGGGUUUAGCACAAAGCAGAAAACAUUUGGAACAGGAACCUCUGUCGCCAACAGCCCAUGGUUUUGGCAACGCACAAACUUAUACGCGAUACAACAAUGGGGAAUCUGUAGUCGAUAAUGCGAAGAGCUGUAGCUUCGGUUCGGAGCACACAGCAUAUGUCCAAGGAGCAAAACCAUAUUCUAUAGACUUGAUACAGGAAGAUGCAAAGUCAGCGUGUGAUCACUCGCGGAAUAAUGGGUCAGGAUGUAAACAUGACAGAAAUAGUAGUGCACAAAACCACAACCAUGGAAAUGGUGGGGGUGGUAACAAGCGGCAAGAACAUUCGCAAAAUGGUAGUAAUGGUAGAGGCCAGAACGGGUAUGGACAAACAACUUAUAACAAAAAGCGUCGAUUUGACGACCGGUACGAAUCUGGAAUGUUAGGGACCAACCGCUGGAAAAAUGCGCGAGGUCAGUGGCAGAGCAAUUAUAGUGAUAGUAAUCGAAAUUGGCAGCAAAAUCAGCGAAGAAGCCCAGAGCGACAGGGUAAUGACCGGUAUGACAACAAUAGACCACCGCCGCAAAACGCGCCUAUUGCGAAGCCGUGGCGGCCGACAAAUCAGAGUGUACAUAUAGUGGAGGUCGCGGACAAUAGCCUUCCAAGUACUUCACAAAGAGUGGUACGUGAAAAUACCACAGCAUACGACAUAAGUUUCCAGACGAUAAAUGUAAACAUUUCUGAGAGAAUAGCGACAAAUGUACGAUCUGUCAUUAUGUCAUUACGAAAUAAAUGA